CCAGGCAUCAAUCAAACGGUACAAGUCCCCUACAAAAGACCUCUCACUCCCCCUGUACUUCCUUACUUUGCUUCUGUUUUCUUCUCUCUUCUCCCUGAGACUCGUCCUACCGAGAUAGUACCCAAAUCAAUCCUAUCCUCCCCUCUCUUCCUAGAACCACCAUUGAGGAAAGACAGACUUCAACCCCUCAAGCAAGCCCUGACCCCCGUCCACGUAUCCAUCUUCCCCCCCCCUCCUUACUGCUCCCCUUCUCCCAAUACCACAAGAACCUAGAAAAGAAACCCAAAAGAUGCCUCUCGUCGUCCCCGGCAUCAACAACACCGGCGGCAACACCACCACCGGCGAGUGGAUGGACAAGCUCAUGGGCAAGCGGUUGGGCGAGACGAGCACCGAGACGCAGUUUGCCAAGAAGGACCUGCCGCAGAACCACCGCGUCGUCGAGGAGGGCGGGAUGAUGACCAUGGACCAUAACCCAGACCGGCUGAAUAUCCACGUCGACAAGGACGGCACAGUCAAGAAGGUGACGCACGGCUAGAUCGGCUACAAGGGAAAAUGGAUCAGACGGGGAACGGUAUAGACUCGCCCAAGCCCGUCUAACACGGCACGGCAUGGCAUGGCAUGGCAAGACUAUGUAUGAUAUGCAGAUUACGGAUUCAAGAACACACAAAGCAUGAAAGACAAACAAAUAUGAAUUCCUUGACGACGAAUAGAUAGUGUACUGGCUGCUCUAUACCAUAGUCCCAUUCCGGCUGGGUAUCAUUUGAUGGAUCGACCUCAUCCGCUGUUGCAGGUUUUAUACAUGCCGCAUUCAUCCGUCGAGUCCUUCGUCUGCCACUAAACAUUAGGCUCAAAAGAAAUAAGACACACU